UUCUAUAAAAUCAUUGAAACUAGCCAAUAUUGAUAAAAAUUGAGCACUUUGAUAACAAUCGGUUCGAUUACUGUGAUUGUAAGCACGCCAACUGUGUUGAUUCACGCUAGUGAAGUAUGUAAUAAAACCCGAGUUAAGAGUUUAUAAUUUGCCCUCAGUUUGUGUGAGACUCUCAUUGUGAGCGGUUGUCCUUUUCAAGUUGCCUACCUAAUUGCCGAAACACCUCAUCAUGUCUCUACAAGAGCAAUUCGACAAGGCUGCAGCCAAUGUUAAGAACCUAAAGACUCUGCCAAGCGACGCAGACCUUCUAGAACUGUACGCAUACUUCAAACAGGCCACGGUCGGUGAUGCAGAUCCUGCGAACAAACCGGGCAUGUUUGAUCUUAGAGGAAAGGCGAAAUUUGAGGCAUGGAGCGGUAAAAAGGGCAUUUCAAAGGAAGACGCCCAGAAGGCCUACAUCGCGAAAGCCGACAGCCUGGUCGCUUCUAUCGGUCUCCAAUAAACUAGAUUAAGCUUACAAGAUAACACGACGAAUAUGUUGGGCUCGUGAAACCGUGUCCCGUGCGCUUAGAGUACUUUUUCUUUAGUUAACAAAUAUAUCAAAAUACCAUGUGACACUGGAGAUAUGUUAUUUUGUCGGUUACGUCAAUUUAACAAGGUUAUAAUAAACUUAACGAUGAAUAUAGCCUUUAUAAAAAAAAUUACAUAUGAAGGUUUAUUUAAAUAUUUUUUUAGGCCUUCUCUUGGAUUUUAUUAAAAAAAUUAAGGCUCGAUAUAAAUGUCACACAAAACGACACCAGUUUGGUAUUCAAACUCCUUUAGUGUUACACUAAGUGCACAGUAGAAAAACCGGUAUAAAGUAAGAAGAAAAUUAAGCUGGCAAAACAAAGACACACUAUUCCAAUAGUAUAAUAUUAAAAAUCGCAAUCAUUUAGUUAUCACAUUUGCUACAAUUUCUGUGUAAAACAUAGUGGUUUAAAUUUUUUUUUACAAAAAAACUGUCCUAAGUAUAAAAAUUUUAUUCAAGUAUACAAAAAGUGAUUUUGUUUUGUCAUUUUAAUUUAGUUACCGACACAGUGUUAGUGUUAUCAAAAAAUAUAAAAUAUUUAAGUUGUAAGUAUAUUUUAUAAAGUCGUUUUUCUAAAUUAUUGGGUUUCUUAUAAAGAAAUCGACUAGCUUCCUACUAUACAUAAUACAAAUAAGCGCAUUUUUAUAUACAUUGUGUUUAUAUAAGUAUGUGAUUUUUAUACUAAAUAAAUAAUAUACCUGCCGAUAAAUUUUUUUGUUAGUCAAAUGUCAAAAAUAUAAUUUUGUCUAAAACGCAGAUACUGCCUCUUUAGAGUAUUGUACUUGUACUUUUCAUAAUAUUUUAUAAUAGUCUCUGUCAAUUACACAAACAUAGUUUAUAUUUCGCAAAGAUAAGGUACAAUUUUUGUAUUUUGAUUUUCUAAUUGCAGUUUUUUACUAACAUUGAUAAAGACUUUCAAAGUCCAGAUUCUCAUGUAUUUUGAGAUGUCAAAAUUGACAUGUAUUCAUACUUGAACUGUCACACGUCAAAGCAGUCACUAAUGUUGUACAUCUCUAUGACAUCGAGAAUCUAGGCAUUAUACUAUUUGUUAUUUAUUUCUACGGUAUAAGGUUUGGCUUAGGUUACUACUAAUCAUCACAACGUUUCUUAAGAAUAAAAGUGACCUAUCUAUUGAUUUUAAUUUCUGAGUUAUACAUACGUAGAAGUUAGUAUAUAACUAAAUUGAAGAAAAAUUACCCAGUGCCUUUUUAAUAGGUGAGGAUUUAUUUCAGUGCUUCCAAAAAACUAUUGCAGUUUUGGUCAUUUUUGUUCAGUAAGUGUGAUAUUAAAUACACAAUUUAUCAUAGAAAAUAUAUAGUUCUCUACAAUAUUAUUUAUUGUUACUUUAUGAUAUUAUGGGAUGUGAAAAUUUUGUUAACUUUUUUUAUAUUGCCGUGAAAUAAAACGCGUAAAAAAUUUA